AGACCAACUCCUGCGUGACGCGGUCGAGAUGGUCCCACCCCGCUUGUGCGGUGUCGGACCGAUGCGCUCGACAACGGAGAAGGAAGAGGAGGAGGAGAAGAUACAUAUGGUGGAGGAGAAAGAGGAAGAGGAGGAGGAGGAGGAGGAGAAGAAGAAGAAGAAGAAGAAGGAGAAGAAAAAGAGGAAGGAGGAGGAGGAGAAGAAGAAGGAGAAAAAAAAGAGGAAGAAGGCGGCGAGGGAGGAGUGGUAGGCGCGUAGGUUAGGGGCAUGGGGCAUGAGGCAUGUUUUUGGUUUUGUUUUUAACUUUAAAUCAAUCAAUCAAUCAAUC